GGUCAGUCCGUCCGACCGACCGAUUGAGUACGCAUACGGAGGAGAGGUUCUGAAUCGCAAAAUAAUCGAAUCAAAGAAAAAAUAUGGCUACGAUCGAUAACGAUCCUCUGUUCACGUCGCUGUGCAGCUCGAAAACCCUGCAAUCGCAGCAGGAAGGUUUCUUCAACGCGUUCUACCAAACGGUUGCGGAGAAUUUCACCGGCAAAAAUGAACACUGGCUGCGGGACGUGUUCGGUCGCGUUGUGGCUGGCGAUGAUUGCACCAAACUGCAGCUGAUGUUCGAAGAUCCAACGGUUUGUUUCGAGGUGCUCGGAACACUCGAGCACGUAAAAGCGGUGUUCCGUGGUAAGGAUGCGAAGUUCAGUUGGCAGCGAAGGGAGCAGGCCUUAAAGCUGCUUCAUGGGGGCAAAAUUCAGCAGGCUCUGCUGAUGGCCUGCCAAGCAGUUAUGAAGGCUCCUCCGCAGGGAAUCGACCAGCAAAUCGAUCAAGGAAUGUCUCUGGCCUGUGCGCUGUGGACCAGGUCGGAGGUGCUGAUCGGAACGUUGGAUGGCAGGCGGGCACUGGUGGAUUUACAAAUGGCUGCUAAGGCUGGUUUUCCUGUGAAGGCGAACGCCGAGUACUACGGAAGGAUGGCCAAAUGUUAUGCCCUGCUGGAUGAGCCGAAGCGGGCGGAGAUUUCGAUCAAACUGUUUCAUCAGCUGUCAGGUUUUAAUGACUAUGCCCAGGGUCGUCUUCGAGAGGAUAUUGAAACUCUGAAAGUUUUGAAAUCGGAAGAAGAUCCAGUGAAGGCGCACUACGAGAAGCGAACGUUACCUCAGCUUAGCGGUGGUGAAAGUAUGGAACUUAGUGGAGCUUCGGUGAAGCUGACACUAGCUGGAAGCCGAGGAGAUACCAGCAAAGGACAGUAUAUCGUGGCUGCCGAAGAUUUGAAACCGGGAGAAACUAUUCUUGUGGAAUCUGCCUACGGUGCAUGUCUCUAUCAGAAGUUCUUCGGCACUCACUGUAAUCAAUGUUUUGCUAGACUCGUAGCGCCGAUGGCUUGUCCGGAAUGUUGUGGAGUGGCAUUUUGCUCGCCAGAGUGUUGCGACCGGGCCUGCUCUGGGUAUCAUCGAUUUGAGUGCCACUAUUUGGACUUGAUGAUUGGCUCUGGGAUGUCCAUCCUUUGCCAUUUGGCCCUGCGGCUGGUCACUCAAGCGGGAACUGCAGCAAAAGCGAUUGAAAUGGGCGAGGAACUGCGUCAAGCGCUUUGUGCUCACUCAGCACUGCGCGAUCAGGAGGAUUACUUCCAGCGAUCGCUGAUGGCUGCCUUUCUGCUGCGAUGCCUACAAAAAGCUGAAUUUUUUGGGCGUCGUAAAACGGAAGCAGCGGAACCGACGCCCGAGGAAGCCCAAGUUGGGGGAGUGCUGCUGAGUUUGCUUCAAUCGCUUCAGUUUAACGCUCAUGAAGUGUACGAAACCAAAAUCAGUGGCGAUCAUCGCUUCGAUAUGGCCAAAGUACAAUACAUUGGAGUAGGGGUGUAUAAAACGGGAGCUUUGCUAAAUCACGACUGCUAUCCGGGGGUGUUACGAUCAUUUCUCGGAACAACGAUGGUCCUCCAUACCAGCCGACCGAUCGCCAAGGGAACAAACGUUCCGGAAAAUUAUGGCAUGCAUUUUUUGCGCCAUUCGGCGGCUUUACGGCAGCGAAAUCUUCGCUCCCGGUACUGGUUUAAAUGCGACUGCAAAACGUGCUCGGAGGAUUGGCCUUUGAUGGAUAAGCUGACGGAUAAACCGAGAUUCCGCUGUCCACAGCUGGAGUGCGAUAACGUAAUUAACUACCCACACAAGAAGGCUAUCACGGUGAAGUGCUGGAAGUGCAAAAAGACGGUUAAUUUGGACGCAUCGAUAAAGAUACUCAACCAGUGCGAGGAGCUGUACGCUAAUGGGGCUAAAAUGAUGGAGGAGCAAUGCACGAAGGAAGCGAUUGAAUUACUAUGCCGGGGAAUCACGCUAUUCCAUCAGAUCGCGGUGCCGCCCCACAAGCCGACCCACAUGGCCGAGGAAUCGCUCAGAGUUUGCUUUGCCGAUCAGGCCAGCGUCUAUAGGAUGGAGCCAAAUGGAAUGGUGCAAUGAGAUUAGUUAGAGAAAGUUUUCACUGGAGAGAAAGUCCUUUUUAAUGUUCGGAAUGGAGGAAUAUAUACACUGAAUUUUUUUGUGUGAUUGAUGUGUCGGCGCAAAACAUCGAGUCAUUUUGACAAAAUCUUUCGCCAUCCGUUAGGGUGUCCCAAAAAAAAAAUCGAUGUUGGAAAAGUCAAGGUGCUCAGCAUAAUGUUAUUUAUAGCAUUUCUGUAGAACAUUUCGACUUUCUAAAAAAUUUUUUUCAAGUAUCCCAAACGUGAUUUAUGAAAAAAUGACUUUUUUCAAUUUCCAGAGCUCAUUAAAUAUCGCAGAAAAAUUAAUUUUUUCCAUAAUUUUUAGAUAAAACUCUUCAAACACAAAUAAAAAAAAAUUUGAUCAAAAACUGAAAUUUUCAUUGCAAAGCGGGAUUUAUGAUGGAAAAGAUUGAUAUCUUGUCGGGGUGCAGAGAUAUUGGCAUUUUUAUAUGUGAUGGAAAACUAAGCAUUUCAACAAAUAUGUUAAAUACCUAACUGUUUUAUUUGGGAGAUGAAAAAUAACAAUAUUCAGAAAACAAAUGUAUUUUUGGAUGGCUGAUAACUUAGUAGAAGGUUCAAAAUUUCGGAAAAAUCUGGGAAAAAGUUAGAACGAAAAUUGUCAUUUUAGAAGGCACGUAUUGUUGUAAUAUGUAUAAGAUAGAAACAUGAUUUUUUCGGUAAAGUUUCUUGUUUUUAGUUACCCUAAAAUUUUGUCUUGUUCUGAUUAAAAAGUAAAUUUUUUAUCUCACUCAUUGGUGGAUUGAUCACUCAUCUUUCUACAUUAAAAGAUGCUUUUUUGAAUAUCCUGAAACUUCCCCGAACAUACCUUAUGACUAUAACAUUUGAAUCACUAUUCAAUCAAUCGCACAAAAAAGGCGAAAUAAAACACUGAGCAAUGGAGUUAUUGAGCUUUAGUGGCUUUUUUGUGGAAAUGCAUACUUUUCCAUCACAUGUAAAAACGCCAAUAUAUCAGCCCCCCGAAAGGAUAUCAAGGAUCUUUUUUCAUGUAAAUUUUCGUCUUGAAUCCCGCUUUACAGCAAAAAAUUUAGUUCUUGAUCAAACAAUUUUUUAAUAUGUGUUUUGAAUCCAAAAAUUAUGAGAAAAAAUCACUUUUUUGUGAUGUUCAAUGGACUCUGUGAGUCAAAUAAUAUAAUGCGAUGCUGAACUAAACCAUGCAAAAUAUUCAAAAACAACCCCACAAAAUUAGAAAAAUAUAUGGAAAAAUGUAGGAAUCGAACAGAAUUAAAAAAAGUGCAAGAGGGGUUUUGUAGCUAGAAAAAGUCAUUUUUUCAUAA